GCGAUAUCAAGCACAUCAAAUUGAAAUACUGUACUCUUAGGCAUUUGCCAUUGAAGCCAUGCCACCUAGCCAGCCCAAGUGCGCAGGGCAGGAUCAUCCAACUCCCCUGAGAACCAGAGUUCUCAGAGUUUCAGCCCUGGCUGCUGUGGCAUGUCUUUUAGCACCAGGACGUCCCAGCGCCUUUGUGGCUUCACCCGUCCGACUUGGACGAGUUCAACGAGCGGUCCACGUGCCGAAGGCUGCUGGCAAAGAUGCAGAUGAAGGAUUUCUUGGUGACGCUGAGGAGGAGGCUUCCGAGGAUGCGGCUUCUCCUGAGUUUUCCGUGGAGGAGAGCCCAUCAGAUGAAAGCGUCUCGCUCACGCCAACCAAGACGAAGGCUGACAUGGCCCGUGAGCGGCUGUGGAAUAUGCCCAAGGAGGUAGCUCCCUACCUUGGGGUUGCGCGUGUCACAUACCUUAACAAGGAGAAGCGCGACCGCAGCCGAAACUUAGUUGUCAUCAAGGCCAAAAACACACAGGCUGUCAUCGAAAAGUCGCAGCGAAUUAUCAAGCAUGGGACUCUAUCCAAGAUACGAAUGAAGAGGCUGAUGCGACACGGUCGGGAGAAUUUUGGUCGAGAUACUCCGUGGCAGUGGAAUCGGCCAGGUCGGCGAGCCUUUCGAAUGCGAAGUGGCAUGAAGGACUUGCGCUAUGCAGAUGAAAAAGAAAAGUAUCAAAGAAAAAAGUUGGAGCUCAGGCAACCUGACUGGAAACGGCAGCGAAAGCGCGAGAGACCAAAGAGGGACUUCAAAUGGGUCGGAAGCUCCUGGAAAUAUGGAAAAGGAACCCGCAUUGCCAGAAGGUAAUUUUUCUCAUCUUCGCCAACAAAAAAUAUGUAAUAGAUAUAAUAGAUUGACAUAUAGCUAGUUAUAAGUACAGUAUAUAUGUAUAUAUGCGCU